CUUUGGUCCGUACAUCCGACGAAAAUAAAUAGUUAUUCAAAUAAGUGUCGGUGUCACCAAGUGACGGUGUUGGUUCAGCGGCGAUUGUGUUAAAGUGAUCAGUAUAGUGAUCUCUGGUUGCCGUCACAACAGUGAGAGACGCGCUCCGGUGCACAGCGCAUGCGCCUUUUACUGGCGCACUACCGUUUUCCGUUCCUUUUUCAAAAUCGAGCCCUAAACAUAAAGUGAUCUCUUAACACCAAAGUACCUCAAGUGCGCAGUAAAUCUUGUUUCCUAAACUAGUUUUUUUUUAAGUGAAAGGACCAGUCUCGACCGUCUUCGCCGUGUUUAUGUAAGUUAGUGGAAUUGUACCUACAUAGAUAUUGUAUGGCCAAUCAAGUAUCAGAAUCAAAAGGAUCUGCUGUUAAACGAGUAAUAAGCUAAAAAACAUGGGUGCAAUAGACGAGAAUAACGCUUUAUUCAAGGAAGAAAUGUCCGAGUCAACAGCAGAGCCGGGCGUGUCCAUGAUCGCGGAAGAGGUUCCGUCUCUCACGGUGGCUACAAUUCUCGGGGUCACAGUUGUUAUUGUUAUCACCAUUAUCGUGGUCUUCGUUUUAGGAGUACUCAUUGAUUGGCGGCAGCAGCGACUCAUGGACAAAAGGAUAGGUGAAGUGAAACGAAUGAAAAUACACAAAAAGAAGACCACUGCAGCGAAUUUGGAUGUCGUGAGCAUAGCAGACAAUAUGGAGGAACCUGGCAUGAGUACUGCCCCCGCCGAAUUUAUAAAAAAUUUGCCAUAAAUUAUUUUUUCCCUAUCGUGUCUCUUUCGGGUGGUAAAUUAUUAGGUGUCAUGUUAUGCUAGCUACUCACAAUCCGAUAAGCCCACAUGCCGACAACGCUAACGGCUUGACGUCUGAUCAACACACGAUCAGUUUUAUCGGUCGUCAAGGCGUUAGUGCUGUAGGCAUGUGAGCUUACUUGAUCGUCAGUGGCUGACAUUAUCGGCAUUGCCUUUAAUUGUUUCCAAUUUGCGGUGAAUAAUUUAACGGUGAAAUAACAAUGAAACCUAUAUCUGAGUCUGAUGGGCGUACGGAUUUACUUAUGUACCUAAUACAGUAAUACGAGUAUCAUACAGCAUACUUGUACGUGAACUUAGAAUGUUGUGCGAUGCUCAAGUAGACAUAGCACUCAUCAGGUUGGUCAUCUACAUCCUGAUUCCUGUCAAUCGCUAAAUAUAUUUCUUUACACAUAACCGAUCUAGCAUUUCUGUCUGAAGCUGUUUGAAAAAUAUUGGUAAGUUGGUAGGUAGGUACUUAAAUGUCGCUAUGUAAUAAAUAUAUUUCUUACUUCUUGUGUCACCCUUUCUAUCGGUUAUAGGUAGUUUGUGAUUACAAUCAACCACUCAUUUUCGAAUAAAUUGAAAAUUAAGUAAAUAAAAUGUUGAUGAAAGUUUUGUAAUAAAACUACUUUUAAGGAUAACGUUAAGCCUCAAUUACAAUGUUUAAUGUAAAAGAUAAGGCGACAUCAAGAGGCCUUUAACACUGUUAAGUCAUCGUUGUGUGUGUACACCGCCAUGGCUUAAUGUUUUCCAUUCACAUAACGUACGAACAGAUACGUAUAAUAUGAAGUGUAUACCCAUUGUCUUAAUACAAAGCAUACGCUGACGACUAUUAUGUAUUCUGUGGCUAAUUGUUUUGUAACUAAACAUUUGAUGUAGACUUACACAAAAGUGCCUUCGAGUAUCUUAAAUAUACUGUCUAAAGAUCUUUAUAAUUAUGUAUUUUACAACAAUAUUCGUUACCUAUUAUUAUACCUAUAUUACUGUCAAAAGAUGUUUAUAAUUAUGAAUUGUGGUAUGUUACAAUAAUAUUAUGUGUUGUUAUUGAAUUUGGAGGCCAUUGAAUCAAUGAUUUUGUUUUCAGUUUCGCCAAUUUCAUGCGAAACCUAGCGAAGAAAACUGUUGAUAUUUUCAUUUUACCAAAAAUAUUGAUCUACUUUAUUAGGAAAAUUAUUUACUAAGAAUAUUUCAUAGGACCUAAAAAAAUAUUAAGAGUUUACCGUUUAUCUAUUUUAUAAAGAUGUAAACUUAAUAAAGAAUACUUAAUAAAAAUAUGUAUUUAUGUAUA